AUGAUUUCAAGGUUGAAGAGAAGGGCUGACCUGACUUCCCAUGCCCGUAUUGUUACGAGGACUUCGACAUCGCGUCCUUGUGCUCACACCUCGAAGACGAGCACUCUUGCGAAUCUAAAGUCACCAUAUGACGCUUUUGAGCUUCAUGAGCCUACAUCACACAUUGCUUGA